AUGAAGACCAUUUUUGUUUGGGGCUGCCUUAUGGCUACUCUAAUCGAGCCUUGUAUAUCGGACAUGUACUUGCAUGCUCCACCAGGAUCCAACAAUCGCUUGAACGGCAACCAAGAUAACGUCAGAAACGCGAACAGAUUGUUUGAUUCACAGGUACAGUGCCAUUACAUAUUCGCUUUUCAUCACGGUAACCUUGUUUUAGGCCAUCCCUCUAACAUGUUUUGUUCCCCAUUACCAUCCUACUCGUUAAAGUGGUCGACUGAUUGGUCGGUCGGCCAAACAAGCAAAAAGAAAAUACAAGAAGUAACUACAUGAAGCAGCUUAGAUCAGGAAAAUCAUGGAAGCACCCAUUCGCUUACUAAUUGUUUUUUGCCCAAACUUUCCGAUGAUAUGUACAGCACAGGUCAAAUAAGAUGAUAAACUGACUAAUAUCUAUCACAAAGUCAUCUUCAUCUGUUUUAAUACACAGAGUUAAUUUUUCUGGGAAGAGUAUAUUUAUUAAUUUUUUUGUUUGCUUUCCUUGAAAAAAUGGGUCGGUUAGUAUCUACCAUGAUAUUCAGAGAAGAAGAAAGGCCAAUAGUGUUACUGCUGCUGGUGUUAAAAAGCAAAACUGAAUAACGACUAGCUUGGAAAGCUAGGAAACUACUUGUACAACAUCGAUGAUCGGCUGUAAAAUUUUCGUCAGUGUUACUUUUAGAUUCUCGCUUAAGGUAACAGAGAAAAAAGUGAAAUUUUUAAAGCAUACAAAAUCAAAAUAUCUAAUAGAAGAGGGAAAUGAAAUUAGCCCAAUGGACUUUUGCAGAAGUUUUAACCUCGUAGUUAUUUAAUUUAGACAUAAGGGUAAACCCAGUCUGAAAAGAGAUUUAACUACAUAAUAAUAGGGGACAAGAGUAAUUCAGUUCAUAAAUGAUUCCUUCGUCUUCUUUCUUCCUAAGAAUAAUGGCAAGGCUGGUUACAAUGUCGGCGACAGUUUGGAUAGUAACCCUGGCGACAACAUUCAAGAGUUCAGACAGCUGCCACAGGUAAAAAUCGUUUAUCAUUUGUUAGCAGUUGUCUUUUUGUUUGCUCUCUUGCCUUUUUUUUUCUUAUGCUUGAUAUUUUUUUUAAAUGAUCCAAUCAGGAAUAUUACAUGAGUGGAUGCGAUGCUAAGGCAAAAACCGAAGUUGAUAUCAUGUGGACAAACCAACACGGAACUGGACCAGGUACCAAUGACAUGGUAGAAACCCAAGUUAUUCUACAGUACAUGUGUCAGCCUUAUCCACAGGGCAAGAUGGCAACCAACGACGUGAACAAAGAAUUUGAAUAUCAUACAAUUCGUAAUGGGCAGACUCUUACCACUCAAUCAUUUGUAAAAAACGCGCGAGAGAAUGCUUACAUAAGAAGAGACAGAGGACUUCACGAACCAGCCAACUAUUAUCAGGCGUAUUAUCGGAGAGAGAGAAACAAAGGUAAGAGGUUUAAACAAACUGAAAUACAGAACUGACUGAUACAAAAAUGACUCUCAUUAGUCACUCUCCUUAUAGUAAUGACACUUUUGCUCAUACUCCAGGCUUGUUCACUGCUGACCAACAACUUAAAGGUGAUCUACCGAUUUAUACGCGACAAAAUGCCGCAGGGACAAGGAGGGGCUUGGAGGUUCCGGAGGAACGCGAUUACUACCCUUACUGGGGCCCUACCCCUUGGAGGGACAUUGCUAUCAUGGUCAGCGAUAAAAAGACCGAGCAACUAAUGAAAGAAUACGUAAACAGCCCUCACUAUGGACACAAAUGUAAGUCAGGUUUGAUCUGAACGGUUUUAUGAGUACAAUACAACACAACAUUGACUGACUUUCGUCAUCACUAAAAUGGUAACAAAAGGGCAAAUACAUUUGAAAUUUUCCUCUAAAUCUCAUGUUUUAGACUUGUGUAUAAUGCCUACUAAGCUUGCCGGAAAUGAAGACUGUCCACGGAACAACUAUAACCUUAAAGGUGAAAAAUGUGUCGCAAAAUACAUCACCUCAAAGAAAUGCAAGGCGGCUGGAGGAACCUGGACAAAGUUCAUCGCGAAUUAUGUUGAGAAAACCGCUGGCGUGUUGAGCACUUGUCAUAAUGUGGGCGAAAUGAAACUGGCGAGAGGCAUUCCUUACGAACCACACAAGAUCUCUCAAGGAGCUGAUCAAAAGGAGCAGUUUGUUCUUGUUCACAAGCCUCCUGAAGUGAUCUACGCCCCAUCCACUGUCGUUAAUCAUAACGGAAUGAGCAUGGAAGGAAAGUUUUCGUCCUACAAGUGGAAGGUUCCUUGUUUUCCAACAAACACCACCCAACGCUGUGUAUUACGAAUCAGGUGAGACAACUAAUCAUCAUUUGACUCUAAGCGUGCGAUGGAAGUAAAGGCGACGGGGUGUUGAAAACAAGAAGCAGAAUUUUGUAUAUCAGGGCUUGCAUCGUGAUAAUUUUUUUUCUUUCCAUACGUAUUAGAGAGGGAGAAAAGGUGGGGUUCAUUCUAAGAUCCCUUCAUGUACCACAUCGAGCCCGAAUCACCUCAUCGAAAAAAAAAACAGGUAAUCCCAGAUCCGGUGCGCAAAUGAUUGCUCACAAGAAGUACAAAGCCUUCAGCCCAUCAUAUAAAGUCGGGACAGCUACAUGUUCGCCCUUCAGCACACAAUCAUACUAGGACGACCUAUAAGCUUUUGGUGAAAUUUAUUUCCUAUUGCCGCCUUAAAAUUGUUUCAUUAUGUUGCUCCCAACUUAAGGAGGCUUCAUAGAUUUUUUGACCGUUCAAGAUCUGGGUCCGAACAUAGCACGAGCUAUGGCGGCUCGGUGUUAAAGACACUUUAAUCUAGGGUUUCCAACAACUGCACCCGAAAUAUUCAUUGGCCUUCUACGCCUGGAAAAAAGGUCAACCGAAAAGAAAACACCGUGGGAAAGAUUGCCAAAAUGCGACAGAUUCGAAAGUCUACGCAUGCUCAGAUACCGAUCUUGGUGAAGUUCUAUUCCAUUACGUAAACUUUUGCGACAAAGAAAAUAAGGAUCUCUCGAGCAAGAUUUAUCGCGUUUCCUUCUGUGGAAUUUCCUCAAAUUUUCUGGACCGUUAAACAUACUUUUGCCCUCCCUAGUGCCUGUUGAUAAAAAAAAAAAUUCAUAAGACCAAAUUUGAGAUCGAGGAAGAAAACACAAAAUUGCAAAUAGCGAGGAAACUGCCUUACUGACCCCUAUUUUUUUUAGACUUUUUAAUGAUCGGCAGGAUAAUUUUCACAGAUGGAGAAAAUUUUGAGAGAUUUCACCGCAGCAAAUUUAUGAAAAUCAGAGACAAAGCCAAAUUAUCGCUGACGAGCGCCUCCCUUUGUGGAGCCUUAGCUUAAUAACAAAAAUCAUUUUGAUCAUAUCUACUACAGCAAACGAUACUUUGAACCUUGCUCAUUGCCUUUUGAUGGCUUUUAAUGACCUUGAUAAAGCGAAAAUAUUAAAAUUUUCUGGAAAAACAUUACGCUGGCGCGCGCGCCAACUAUAAACAAAAAUCUUAUGGAGCCUCCUUAAAGAGUUCCCAUACUAAAGGUGAAACUUUUCAAGAACGUUACAUCUUCUUUCUAAAAAAACCUAUGUUAGCUCAGAACUGGGUUUCGUAGUUGAACCAAUUUUGAAACGUUAAGUGGCGUUCACUCUUUUGACAGGUAUAAUAUAACCACCAGUGAUGUACCACGUGAGUUCACUGCUAAGAACAAUAACGAGUAAGUACUCAAUGAAUAUAUUUGACCACUACACCAAGUAUGUCCCCCAACUGUUAUCUCAGUAUCCCCGAGGUGUUAGGUGAACCUGAUAACAGAACUGUAAAUAUGACAUUUUAAUUUUCCUGAAUGAUUGAAAACCCAGCCGUGUAGCACUUACCAUUUACUAGCUAUAUGAUCAACUGGAGAGCGCUCUACUUGCUUCUGUUUAGAACAACAACAUAUUGUUACCAUAGUCUAAAUGAACGAGCAUUCAUUCAGUCUUUGAUCUGAUGGCUUCUCGGUACGCUCCCUCGACAUGAAAAUGCCACGAAAGCGAAUGAAAUAAAAACUAACGGAAAGGCAACAAUCACCGAGCACUGGGACUUGAUUCAAAUUGGAUUAUAACAUAGCUUGUAAAUUUGUCUACUCAAAUUCAAUUGCGCGAGCGUGCUUCAUAUUCCUAUUGUGCACGCUCAGCAAACAAAUCCCUUGAGAAAAAAAAUUUCCAUCGGGUUGAAAAUGUUAUAAAACAAUUGGUUCAUAAGUCAUCUGUGCGUUCAUCGAGAUAUGAAGCACUUGGAAAGUUUGGAGAGCACUCAAGAAGCUAGAGUUACUCUCAGCUACGCCUUGAGCAACUCUUUCGCAUCUUUCAUGCUCUCCAAACUUCCCGCGUGCUUCAUAUCUCGAUGAACGCACGCUGACGUAUGAACCAAUUGUUAAUUAUACCUUGGUAAAUUGAUGCGUCCAAUAAGUUACGACGAAUUGGUCAGACUCACAAAAAGACCAGAUCGAUUGAUUUUAUUAUUUUCUUCUCAGGAUUAAAAAUAAUCCGAAAACAAAAGCUGUUGACAAUAAGACCGAUCUUCAAAUCGCUUUGAACACUGCUCAGCUUGGUAGAACAUUCCAGGAUAGAAGUCAUGUGAUCAUCCUUAAACCACGCAGCAAACUGCCCAUGAAAUUUCAGCAUAGCAACAUCUAUUACAUUAAUGGAAUGGGCAAGAGAGGAAACAUAGUGCAGGCGUAUCCUGCCAUGGAAUAUCGCUUUUACCCUGAACGGCUUACUGUUACAACAGAUGAUGUGGUGUGUUUCGUCUGGUCCGGUGAGAAGGAACAAUCUAUUUGAUACGAACUCUUGUGACCUCAGUCGUAUUUUCAUUCUUUUUAUCCAUUUUCAAUUUCGUUGUUUCAUUGUGUCUAAUUAUUUACCUAUUUAUUGUUUCCAUCGGUAGGCUCAAACAACAAUCAGAACAAUGCUGGAGAAGGAACAGCACGUGAGAAAAAUAUCGCACAUAUGAAUUAUUUAAGCACACAACUAACUUUAAAACUUAAAAAAGCUCAAACUUGAAAAUUUUUUAGCAAAACACAGCUGAGUGGAGUAAAUCUGAUAAGUACAUUGCCCUAAAUAAUUUUCCAUUUCAUUUCAUCAUUUCAGGUACUGAUCGCACCAACGUGUGCUGGAUAAAGGAAGGAUGCCAAUCUCUCAAACCGGCAGCGUGUUCCAGCCUUCCUCUUGAAGUAGUUGACCAUGUCGACGAAUUUGAUGCCGCCAAGUUAAAUGUUCACCUUAACAAGGGCUGUUACACUGGUGGCAAAACACUGCAGGCUCAACUGAACAACGCCCCGGCCUCUUGCAACCCGCCAUGCUUCCGCAUUACGAAGCCCGGGACAUACUGUUACAUGGGCACGCGCAAUAACAACUUCUCUAACCGACGUCACAUAGGACAGAUAACAGUCAAUGAAGCUAAAACUACUCCUGAAUAAUACCUCAGUGAAUAGCUCUAAAAAUACAGAGCAAGCAAUGCUUCUCAAAUAAAAAACUGACAUGGCAUUCGAACUGAAGAACAAGUUCGUCCAACUUUUUCUUUGUUUUUAUUGUUAUUUUUUAUUGUUACGUUUAAGUACUUCGUGUAGUUACUCCUCACCCUCAAUUUUUUGUCUUACCCGGAUGUCGAUGUAACGCUCACGGAUAACACUGCAUCCGUCCCCUGAAUAGAGUCUGUGCAUGGUCACGAAACCCACGAUCACGAAACUCACGAUCACGGUAAAUGUGUCUGCUAAACCAAAACCCCCUGAUCAGAUCCAACUCAACUGAAAUUUUAGUAGUUCGAAAAAACUGAAAGCAAAUUAAUGGCAGGCUCAUACUGUAGAUCUCCAGUCCUUUGGAAUUAACUUGAUCAGCGUUUUGGCUGCUCGUCAAUUACCCUCCUUUUUCUGUUGAUCUCUCAGCUUUUUCGUUCUUCCCUUCGAACAAAUUGCCCAGUGAAGGCUGGAUUCUGGUUAUAGCACUAUCAAAUUUUAAACGGCAGAACAGUGAUGCGGGAAAGUCAUAAGCAAAUCGAUAGACUCCUGCACGGAAUUUGCUCGUUUACUUUGUUUCGCGAUGCCGGUGAGGGAGCAGGUUGGUCAAACAAUUUUUUAAAAGGACGAUGAGAGCCAAUUCGUGGCACAUAAGGAAAAAAAAUCACACGUAGUGGAUAUUUCCAGGCAUCCGUAAUUAUAUCAAAGAUUUCAAUGGCAUGUAAUCACGAUCUAAUUUUUCUUAAGGGUGGCAAAUGUUUUACAAGUCACUCAUUGAAAAUUUUGGUGAGAGAAUAAUCAGUUUCUAAAUGAUACAAAAAAAAGAGCUAUCUAAAACUACUUGAGAUUAAUUUGGAAACAUUUAAAUGGCGUUGAAAAUAGCCUAAAGAAGAGAGGAAUCCAAGCGAACAAGCAAAACCACAGACUGUAACAAGCACCAUAGCUUUAGGCGUUUUUACUUCAUUAGUUUAAAACUUGAAUGUGGUGGAAGGAAGUCCUAGGGAUAUGUUAUUAUUCCAAAAUAAACCGCCUUAACUUUAGUCAUAGGUUCCUGUUUUGUUACCAGGUAAAUGUGAAUGUCUUGAGUCUCCAUACCAAGAACCGUAGCAGUUCAUUCUCUCUCGCUUUCUUGCUGAGUGGCUGUAUGCAUGAUACAUAUACAUUACAUCUGGAACCCAACCUUGGCGUCUUGCGCAAUACGUUCUAACUUUGUAAAUCAUAUUAUGCUUGCACUCUACUCGAAAAACACUCGUCUCACAAGCUUCUUAAAAGCUUUCUUUUAUGUCUACGUAAUUAUUUUUUUAAAACAAAGCGCAUUUUCUUGAAGUGGAACCGCAUGCAAUAAACCACCUACAUGGCUUGUUAAGUGUUAUUAUUACUGCACCAAAAUCAUUGGCCGUUAUUUUUGUGCCACAAGACCCUACUUGAGUUAUUUAGCAGUUACGCAAUAGCACCUUAGGCACAGGGGGUGGGCACAAGUCGGCUCAACCCGUGUACUGAGAGUAGAUUUGUCCUCUCCCUAUAUCUCCAGCCAAAUAAUCCCGAUCAAUCGGGAUGGCUCAGUGAUUUCAGCUCAAAAUUUUACGAGAGAAACUUUCACUACGAUGAAUUCCCACUAUUCCUGCAUGCAUAUUAGUAAAAACUCAAAACAAAUGUUAAAUCUAAAAAAGUGACCCUAAGCAGUCGAGUACUUUGUUUAAAAUAAAGUAUUAUUGAAUACUGACAGAUGGACGUGUCAUGAACUGAAAACAUUGCGAAGUAACAGCCAAGCAAGUGUAUGCAACGAUUUUCAAGUACCAUGCUAUGAAACAUCUGUGCCGCCGUUAUCACAGUUCUUUUUUAAAUGUAUUUCACUAAAAGUAAAUGUAAAGAAAGUAUAGUAAAUAUCUACAAUUCUUCAUCGGCGAUAUAGUUCGAAUUCACCCACAUAACACAAACUUUGGCAAAAGUAUUAUUGAACCCGGUGAAUUCAUUGUGUGCCGAUAUGAACAUAAGGGAAGUAAAACCGACAAAGCACCGGAACUUAGAGCAAAGGGGGAUGGAGAUUUAAGUCCAAUCGUCUUGACUUGAGAUGAUGUUUACAAGUAAACUGAAGGUAUCAAACAGACUUGUGCAUAAGUGCAUAUUAAUAUGUAAUAUUCUCUGGCCUCUUGGUCACGGCUACACCACUCUUCUCAUUCAUCUUUGAAAUAACUCAUGCAUCAUGUGUAUUUUAUUGACUGAAAUAAUUGGCCACGAUCCAAGAUCAAAAUUCUGAUAACUAACUCGGCUUUAAGUCUAACUGAUUUCAUAAAUUUCAUGAAGACAUUUGCGUUGGCAUGGCAAAGGGAAAGACGAAGGAGUUGGUUUUCUAUGAAUUUUGCAUGAUGUAUGAAACAACUUCAUAAUGAUCUUUGGACAAGAAAUGCUCGGUUUGGUUGCCUAACGGCAAAAACGCGCGCGAACGAAGAGCCGAUAUUUCAGGACUUACCCGCAUUACAUUUCCUAACCUAAAUGUUUUAACACUUGAAUUUAGGGAAUUCUUAUUAUGAAAAAGAUAACUGGAGAUUGGCUCCCUUCGAGGAAAUCAGUGACUUCAACUGAGCUUCAGUUACUUACAAUCCAUAACCCUUUAUAGUUUUGAGAGAGACAAAACGCAGGUUACGCUGGAAGGAACUGGUUGGUCAAGGGGGGUUUGGAUAAAACUACUAACUUUUUCUCUAUUUGGAGAACAGAAGUUGUAUGAAUCGACAAGUUUUGACGAAGCAGAAAGCAAUACUGCAUAUCAACCUUCUAAAUAUUCCACUUGUAGACCAGCUUAAUGAUUAAUCAAGCAUCAAUGGGAUUAGAGCGGCAUCUCUGGCGAAAAUAUCAGCAUAUGUAUGUAACGCUGGACACACGUCUGCCCGUUGCAAACAGAUGCAGGUCAAAUGAAAAAACUAUUCAUAAUCUACCAUGCUUGAAACUACUCUCUCCACCGAAAUUAAGGCAAAUUUCGUAUCAUAUACUGUUACUGGAUUGGAUGCAGAUCGUGCUAUGUAAAACGUAAUUUAUGCAACAACUCAAGCACGCAGUUAAAAAAAGACUUUGGUGAAGAUCCAACCAAGAAAACAAACCAACUGGUUCAUCGUUCACUACCUAGACAGUAGUUAAUCAAAAAUCUGGGUCGACUUGCAAGUCUACCAUAUUUCGCAAAAGGAAAAGAACCCUGAAAUAUCUUCAGACUAGAAAUGCCUCGUUUGUCAAAACGACCGGCUGAUUAAAAAUAAUGGCUUCUUUGGAGCCGUCCUUGAUAAAAACCACAACCUUUUAUCUCGAAUUACAUUCUGCAUCGUAAAAACGAUUCGUUGAAAUUACAUAAGUUUUAUCGCAAUGAAAAUAGCACAAAUUCAAACCAGGAUAAUAUUUAGAUUAAUGAACAUUGAUUGGCUAAAUUUCUCGGAACAAACGGCAAACUCCAGAGAUCUUGCUAACACUGUUCGUCUAGUGGCCGAAGAGCCAAGAUUGAGAAUGUGCUUAAAACAUGUUUGUUACCAUGCCCAAAAUAACGCCAAUUACCUGUUGCAAAUUCAUUGUAAUAAAUUAAAUAAAAUAUACAAACAUUCCCAAUUACUUAAAACCACUUGCUGCACUUGAACUUUGGCAAAACACUCGUUAAACUCGGUCAAUAGAUGGAGUGCAUCGACCAGACCGGCUAUGGCGUCGCUCGCAUAGCAGCUGUUUUCUUUCUGAGCUAUUUAGCUAGACUUGAGUAGCGUGCAAUAUGAGUAAAAGGAGACGGACAGGCAGGAUAGCCAUGGUGCAAUAUCUGUUUCGGCUACACAGAUUGUUAGGAUGUUGAAUUCACUUUUGUACCAGCUCAUGCAUAUUUAACAAGAAAGAUCGGGCACGACAAACAGUUCAUUUUUCACCAGUUUAAUGGUAUUUCAGUCAAAAGCUUUGCAUUGAGAUCGAGAGAAGAAGGAAAGAAAAGGAAAAAAGGCCAUAGAAAAUAUGCACGACAACAAAAUUCCGAUGUGAUCAAUUAACAAAGAAAUGCCCCAUUUGGAAGCGCAGCCGUUAAUUGAUCAGGAAAAAGGCGAGCAAAACAAAGGAAGGUCGUUAAACUUCAGAGAUUGAAGGAAAAAACACUUUUAAUUAUAUAUCUAUAGAAGAUUUGUUCGCGAAAGAUUUCUCGUGGUUAAAACCACGACGGUAAUUUCUAUCAUUUACUUUGCAUUCUUAAUUCCUAGGGCUCGUCACAGCAGAAACAAAUUGACAAGUCCGUAGUAAAAAGAUGCCGCGUCCUCUCCCAAAAGAACAAAAGAACAAAAUGCAAGGUUCAUUGACCCCGUCGCUCCUCAUAAGUUUAUUGAAACCCGCUAAUGAAGUAUCAGAACAUCCAUUCUCUUAAACUAAACUCUUUGGAUUGGCAAUGAAAUAAAAUGAUUCUCUCUGUCAGUACCUGGACAUUUCAUCUUAAAGAAAUUUUUGUAUCUUUUCAGGAUCAGACAGAACAAACUUGUGCUGGGUAAAUGAAGGAUGCCAAUCUCUUAAACCAGAGGCUUGUGCGAGCCUGCCUCUCGAGGUAGUUGAACAGGCUGAUACGUUUUAUCAGUAUUUUGAAGUUUGGAAUACAAGAAAAGAACAGAAGGGCUGAUGGGGCAACCGCUGUGAGAAUCGGCACGUACAACCGCGAAUGUUCAUUAAACUAAAACAUUGUUUAGCGAUUGCGGCCGUACACUUUUUAUCAAAAGCAAAUGUUAUUUAUAGCUUCCCUGCGUUCAAAGAUAUUUCAUUAACUUGCCUUUUGUUUCAUUAGUGAUAACGCCGAGUUAGAAAUCAGAAUGGAAAUGACUACGUUCAAAAUGAAAACAACCUCAGACGUCAUAUCGGUGAGGACGUGAGUAAAACCUAAGAAAAAAAAUUCAAUAAAGAGAACACUCCAUAUAUUUUCAAAAUUAUGCGAAACAUUCCAGAAUUGAAUGGUAAAUCUUUUUAAUUUUGAAAGAAAUUGGUGAAUUGGGCCGUUUGUCGAGGAUUUUGAAGCUAUAUCGAGGGCAAGUAGCUUUGGUGUGGGAGUCAAGUGUUCCUGAAGAUCGUGUACCUAUUGCUUCAUGUUAUCUGAGUGCAACAAAGAUUUGAGCCACCUCGCUAUUUGAAAUCUUCAUUUAAUUAGUUAUUCUUCAUUACCUUACAAAGACACCACAUGGAAAGAACGAAGAAAAUGCAUAUAAUGUUUUCUAUUAACUAUAAAUCAAGGUUCCUGUGACGCAGUACACGGCUAUUCUAAUUUUAGAUGUGUCAGUACAGCAAGAAAAGGAAUCGCGGAAAUGCACAUCUUUUGAUGUCACAAAUAUAAAACACCAUAUGUUACGAGAGAUUUUCGAGUUAUCCAUUCGAAACGAGCAAACAGAUUUUGGUCGGUACAACAAGAUUUAAGAGGUUCUGUAUAACCCCUCACUUCAGUCACUAUCGCGGAAUGCGGAACACUUCUAUUCUUUACCAUACAUACAUACAUCCCUCCGGCUGUGCACUUUAAAUCAGCCGAUCUUUCACCGAAAAAGGCGGUUUUAUGUGCAAAUGAGAGUCACUUAUAAAAUCAUAGUUUUGAUUUUCAUGACCAAACAAACAGCUAUCAGACUGUAUGAUGAGCUCCAUAAAACCUUCAGUUACUCAAUUAAAUAUCAUACCUCCCGAUUUGCCGAAUAGAGACCGUUGCCAAUCUUGCCAAUCCCAAAAUGUAAGCAGGAUACUUCACAGUAAUUACAAGAAAAAGGAAAAUCAAAUGGAACGAGUGAGAAGCUUAAAUUUUCUGUAAUUGUUUAAGCUCACUGACCAGAUUGAAAAGGAUACUCCAUAAAAUAUAAUUCAAUUUGAUUGCAUGCUACAAAUAUAUUUAUUCUCUACUUCAGUAAAAACUAUUUAUAACCAACACCGCAGGUUAUGGCUGAUUAUCAUAUAGAAACAAUUCUUGUUUAUGCGUUUAGCCUUGACAUUUUCCGCAAUGGCUAUUGUUAAGCUUUGUGGUUAUGUAACCUCUAGCUGUGUCUCACACAUAAUAUCUAUACACGGGUGUUGAAUGCGGAAAAAAUUUUCUGCUUUGUGACGGGAAUAGCAGUGUAAUUACUGAAAAAUGAACGUGCCGAAAAGUUGUGUUUUCUUGGACAAGCUACGGAGGAGGUUUUUGAGUAUCACCUUGAAUAUAAAAUUAAAAGAAGGCUGUAAAAAUAUCGGCGGCAAAUAACCACUCUUUCAUUUUAUAAUUACAUUUUGAUCACCUCUGUGUUAUAUAGUUGAAUUUGCCUUUGUUUCUUUUAUCCAUUGUCUUGUCAAAUCGCACAGACGUCUAUCCAACAAGUGAAUUGUUUUAAACUGCCAUUAACUGCGAAUUUCCAUUUACUACUGAACAGCUAAGGUCAUUUUAAGCCACUUUAUUCAAAGCCCUCAACAGGUUUUCGGCGCUAUUAAAUUCUAAAGGUUGCUGAACAAGAAACAGCUUCGAGUGGUAGACAGAACUAAGAGGUAUGUCAUGAUAUUCAAUUAUCGUGUAAUUAGUAAUGACUAGUAAUCAUUUAACAUACUUUUCAUGAGUCUUUCUAUGACUCAAAGUAACCUCAAAGUAAGGCAUGUGAUCGCUUGAGUUCGAAAAAUUUCCUGAGUUCCAAAUGAUUCACGAUCAGUUUAGAAGAGUAAAAUUCUUUUGACAGAAAUGUUAUUCUGUUUCUUUUGACCGAGGUUGCCACGCACCCAAACGGUUCUUUUUCUCCACGCUUGCAUCGCACGUACCACAAAAAUAGCUGAGAUGUCAUGACAAAGAAAAAAAUAUGCUACUAUGACAACCUAUACUGAGCAAAAACUUAUGUAUACCAAUUUUUUUCUUUUUUUUCCGCAUUCUCGUUAACACUGAUCUUGGCUUUCAUACAGGUCAUGAAGACCAUUUUUGUUUGGGGCUGCCUCAUGGCUACUCUUAUCGAGCUUUGUAUAUCGGACAUGUACUUGCAUGCUCCACCAGGAUCCAACAAUCGCUUGAACGGCAACCAAGAUAACGUCAGAAACGCAAACAGAUUGUUUGAUUCCCAGGUAUAGUGCCAUUACAUACUCGCUUUUCAUCACGGUAACCUUCUCUCAGGCCAAAGUAGUCGACUGAUCGGUCGGUCGGUCGGUCGGCCAAGCAAGCACAAAGAAAUUACAAGAAAUAAAUAAACGAAGAAGCCUAGAUCAGGAAAUUCCUGAACGCACCCAUUCGCUUGCUAAUUGUUUUCCUAGCCCAAACUUUCCGAUAUUUUGUACAACACAGGUCAGAUAAGAUGGUAAGUUGACCAAUUUAUCGUAUAAAUUAAUCUUCAUCUGUUUUUAGACAGAGUGUUAAUAUUUCUGGAAAGGGUAUCUUUAUUAAAUUUUUGGUUUGCCUUUCCUGAAAAAAGGGUCGGUCAGCAUCUACCAUGAUAUUCAGAGUAGAAAAAAGGCCGAUAGUGCCACUGCUGCUAGAAAGUAAAAUAGAAUAAUGACCAGCCUAGAAAACUUGGAAAUUACUUGUAUAACAUCGAUGAUAGGCUGUAAGGUAACAGAGAAAAAAAAAAUGACAUUUUUAGAGCAUACAAAACUAAAAUAUCUAAUAGAAGAGGGAAAUCAAAAUAGCCCAAUGAACUUUUUCAGAUGUUUUAACCUCGUGGUUAUUUUAUUUAGACAGAAAGGUGAACCCAGUCCGAGGAGAGAUUUAAUUACAUAAAAAUAGAGGACAAAAGCAAUUCAGUUCAUAAAUGAUUCCUUCGUCUUCUUCCUAAGAAUAACGGUAAGGCUGGUUACAAUGUCGGCGACAGUUUGGAUAGCAACCCCGGAGACAAUAUUCGAGAGUUCAGACAACUGCCACAGGUAACACUCGUUUAUCAUUUGUUAGCAGUUGUCUUUUUGUUUGCUCUCUUGCCUUUCUUUUUCUCAUGCUUGAUAUUUUUUUCAAAUGAUCCAAUCAGGAAUAUUACAUGAGUGGAUGCGAUGCUAAGGCAAAAACCGAAGUUGAUAUCAUGUGGACAAACCAACACGGAACUGGACCAGAUACCAAUGACAUGGUAGAAACCCAAGUUAUUCUACAGUACAUGUGUCAGCCUUAUCCACUGGGCAAGAUGGCAACCAACGACGUGAACAAAGAAUUUGAAUAUCAUACAAUUCGUAAUGGGCAGACUCUUACCACUCAAUCAUUUUCGAAAAACGCGCGAGAGAAUGCUUACAUAAGAAAAGACAGAGGACUUCACGAACCAGCCAACUAUUAUCAGGCGUAUUAUCGGAGAGAGAGAAACAAAGGUAAGAGGUUUCAACAAACUGAAAUACAGAACUGGCUGAUACAAAAAUGAAUCUCGAUGAGUCACUCUCUUUAUAGUAAUGAUACUAUUGUUUAUACUCCAGGCUUGUUCACUGCUGACCAAAAACUUAAAGGUGAUCUACCGAUUUAUACGCGACAGAAUGCUGCAGGGACAAGGAGGGGCUUGGAGGUCCCUGAGGAACGCGAUUACUAUCCAUACUGGGGCCCUACCCCUUGGAGGGACAUUGCUAUCAUGGUCAGCGAUAAAAAGACCGAGCAACUGAUGAAAGAAUACGUAAACAGCCCUCACUAUGGACACAAAUGUAAGUCAGGUUUGAUCUGAACGGUUUUAUAAGUACAGUGCUAUACAGCACUGACUGACUUUUGUUAUCACUAAAAUGGUAAAAGAGCAAAUCCAUUUGAAAAUUUCCCCUAAAUCUCAUAUUUUAGACUUGUGUAUAAUGCCUACCAAGCUUGCCGGAAAUGACGACUGUCCGCCGGACAACGCGAACGUUAAAGGAGAAAAAUGUGUUGCAAAAGACAUCACCUCAGAGAAAUGCAAGGCGGCUGGAGGAACCUGGACAAAGUUCAUUACGAACUAUGUUGAAAAAACUGCUGGUGUGUUAAGCACGUGUCAUAAUGUGGGCGAAAUGAAACUGGCAAGAGGAAUUCCUUACGAACCACACAAGAUCUCUCAAGGAGCUGAUCAAAAGGAGCAGUUUGUUCUUGUUCACAAGCCUCCGGAAGUGAUCUACGCCCCAUCCACUGUCGUUAAUCAUAACGGAAUGAGCAUGGAAGGAAAGUUUUCGUCCUACAAGUGGAAGGUUCCUUGCUUUCCAACAAACACCACCCAACGCUGUGUAUUACGAAUCAGGUGAGACAACUAAUCAUCCUUUGACUCCAGGCGUGCGAUGGAAGUAAAGGCGAUGGGGCGUUGAAAGCAAGAAGCGGGACUUUAAAUAUCAGUAGGUUUCAUAAUGAUAAAUUUUCCUCUCUUUCACCAGAAAGGAGAAACGGUCGCAUUCAACCCAAGAUUCCUUCAUGUAACCCGUUUUGGCCUUAUGAUUUUUCAGCACCAAUAUUCUCAAAUCCUAUUAAGUAAUGUUCAUUACUGCGUAGAUCGCUUUCAUAUUCACUUCUCAAACUCAUUGAUAAUGCAUGAGGUAAUUAACCAAUUGUGUGGCCUCGUUUGGGUCACAUGGAUGCCCCUUGAUACCCGGUAAAGAACAGAUCCAAACACGCGUGAUUAGGCAUCCAAACACACGUGUUAGGAUAUCCAAACACGUGCGUUUGGAAAUCAAUUUCCAAAAGAAUGCAGUACUUGAACAAACGUUUAUUAAGUUCCAGGAUUACAGUAACCAUUCUUUGCGGUUAACAUUAACUAAUUGUGUGACCCCUUUGUGCUGAGUACUUUUAUGCUUUGAACGUUUGAGCAAAGAAACUUCCUCUUUGCAACUUUUCGGCGGUCGAAACCAAGAAGACCUUUCCGUGGCUGCUUCUUCCAUUUCUCAAAAUUGCAAAUGAGGACGCCAAUGCAAAGUGUGACUGGCUCUAAUUAAAAAGUUGAAGUUGUGAAAAAACUCAACGCCCUUCAUGACACUUACUAACAACUAUGCACAUGCGAUAAUGAAACAAAAGAAAGCAAAACUUGAUUAUUUACGUGGUCUCUCUGUUUUUGUGUUUAUUGUUAAUAAAUUAGGCCCUUUUGAGAAGCCAUUCAUAAACUCGAGCUUCGUGUUUCAUCAGGAUUUCCAAACACUCGAAAACAAUAAAAGCACUCGACCUUUGGCCUCGUGCUUUCAUCAGUUUUCACGUGUUUGGAAACCCUGAUGAAACACUCGCCCUCGUUUUUAUGAAAUAUUACUUCUUUACCGCAGUUCACAUAUAUGAUUUUCAUAUACGUGCAGUCAUUUAUUCAUCACUUCACGGGUUUAUCUAGAACCGACAUAAUGUGCCUAACUCAAAACUUAAGUCAGCUAUGAAGCAAGUCUGUUAAGCUUAAAUGAGACUGAUGUUUUUCUUCGCAGGUACAACAUAACCACAAGAGAUGUGCCCCGUGGGUUUACUGCUAGCAACAAUCACAAGUAAGUACGUAAUCCUUUUACCCCUAAGAGUGACCAGCUUCUCAUUUCUCCUUACAAUAACACCCCUUAAUCAAACACUAAGGUCACAAGAAUAAAGGAAAUGAUCACCAACUUAAGAAGCUCUUGACUGUUAAACAAAUUCUCCUUGUUAGCAACUCAGGAAAUAUGUAGUGAGCAGUACAUGGACAACAUGCAUACUGAUGUUAGGAUAUUAAGGGUUUAUGCCUUCUUUACCAAGUCAUUCCAUUUUACCGUUAGUAGAAUCACCAAAGUUAACAAAAGUUAAAGUGAAAUGUUUUAGUUUCCUAAAUGUUUGUAAACCCGACCGUCUAAUAACACUGUUUAUUCUCUAUUAUCAACAAAAUAAGGCUCGAUUUUCUCCUUUUUACAACAAUAGCACGUUGCUACCGUGAUCUUGAAUUCACAAUCGUUCAAUUUGUAAUUUUUGAUCUGAUAGCUCUCAGUUCUGAGUUCCAUCGACAUGAAAUCCGUUAGGAUAAGUGAAAAACUACUGAGUGGAAAGGAAACAUAAAACACUGGGAUUUGAUUCAAACUGGUAAAGACCUAGGUAAAAUUACACUCCACCGGAAGGAGCCGACUGGACAUAAAGACCAACGUGGGAAAAUAGCCUUUACAGAUCGAAUAUUCUUUUCUUCACAGGGUUAAAAAUAAUCCGAAAACUAAAGCUGUUGACAAAACGACCGUUCUUCAAAUCGCUUUGAACACUGCUCAGCUCGGCAGAACAUUCCAGGAUAGAAGUCAUGUGAUCAUUCUUAAACCACGGAGCAAACUGCCCAUGAAAUUUCAGCAUAGCAGUAUCUACUACAUCAAUGGAAUGGGCAAGAGAGGAAACAUAGUGCAGGCGUAUCCUGCCAUGGAAUAUCGCUUUUACCCUGAACGCCUUACUGUUACAACAGAUGAUGUGGUGUGUUUCGUCUGGUCCGGUGAGAAGGAACAAUCUAUUUGAUACGAACUGUUGUUUCCAUUUCGUUCUUUCAUUGUGUCUAAUUGUUUACCUAUUUAUUUGCUUCUAUCGGUAGGCUCAAACAACAAUCAGAACAAUGCUGGAGAGGGAACAGCACGUGAGAAAAAUACUGCACAUAUGAAUUAUUUAGGCACCCAACGGACUUAAAAAGCUCAAACUUGAAAAUUUUAGCAAAACACAGCUGAGUGAAGUAAAUCUUAUAAGUAUACCGCCCUAAAUAAUUUUCCAUUUCAUUUCAUCAUUUCAGGUACUGAUCGCACCAACGUGUGCUGGAUAAAGGAAGGAUGCCAAUCUCUCAAACCAGCAGCGUGUUCCAGCCUUCCUCUUGAAGUAGUUGACCAUGUCGACGAAUUUGAUGCCGCUAAGUUAAAUGUUCACCUUAACAAGGGCUGUUACACUGGUGGCAAAACACUGCAGGCUCAACUGAACAACGCCCCGGCCUCUUGCAACCCGCCAUGCUUCCGCAUCACGAAGCCCGGGACAUACUGUUACAUGGGCACGCGCAAUAACAACUUCUCCAACCGACGUCACAUAGGACAGAUAAAAGUCAGUAAAGCUAAAACUACUCCUAAAUAAACUUAUCAGUAAAUAACUCUAGAAACACAGAGCAAGGAACGCUUCUCAAAUAAAAAAACUGAGGAGGCAUUCGAACUGAAGAACAAGUGCGUCCAACUUUUUCUUUGCUUUUAUUGUUGUUGUUGUUUUUUUCUUCUUCAUUUCUUACGUAGAUACGACGGUUUUAAUUGAAAGUUGAUGUUUUUAGUACGUCAUGUAGUUACUCCUCACCCUCUAUUUUUUUGUCUUAUCCAGAUUUCGAUGUAAAGCUCACGGAUAAGGUUGCAUCCGUCCCUUAAAUAAAGCCUGUUCACGGGCACGGACACGAAACUCACGAUCACAAAACUUAAGAUCACGGUAAAUGUGCCAACUAAACAAAACCCUCCUGAUCAGAUUCAACUCAACGACAGGCGGCCCAAGCUCACGUCUCGAGAGAAAGCAAACGAUUAAUCCAUGAAAGCGUCACGCGUUGUGUGACUCGGUGGUAAGUUACGAG